AUGCAAACUGGCCGGCGCUAUGGACAAGGUGGAGGUGUACGGAAUCUGACGGUGUCGGUGGUGAAGGAGAGAGCUGGCAACUUCCACAUCCACCUUCCGCCUGGUGCACACACGACGGCCUCUCGCUACCUUGCUUUCACACCUUUAAACUUAACUUACCCUUUAUGGUUCUCACUUGUACUUCUCAAAGAGAUGACGCAAUGCAUUAUUAUUUUAAAAUUCUUCUUAGAUGUUGGGGAACAGGACCAAUAUAAAUUUGUGUAUGACACUUUGGAGGAACACGUUGUGUGCGGCAAUUCAUGGUUUCCUGUCAAAGAGCUUUCCACGCGCCUCAAGCAGAAGUCUAUGAAGUGCCCAAUGUCAAAGCUCAAUGAAUAUCAGAAAGAAUACCAGCAAAUUUGCAAACAAACCCCACGCUUCACAAUUGGAGAUUGCGCAGGAGGUCACAGAGGAGACAAUCGGGAAAAGAACCGUGAUGUACUCAUAGUUCCACCUGACAAUUUUCGUCCAUACUUGACAUCAUUUCAAGGCAACAACUUCACUGACUACAUUAAUGCUGUUUUUGUAGACGGAUAUACUAAGCCAAGAGAAUAUAUUGUAACAGAGUGGCCUUUGAAAAAUACACAAGGAGAAUUUUGGUCUUUGGUAUAUGAUUAUGAUGCUGCAGCUGUUGUAGUAUUGUGUGUUCCUCCAGCAAAUUCUCCCAAUUAUCUUCCAUUUUGGCCAGAAGGACGACAUUCAAAGAAAUAUGGGCCUGUUUUUACAAUUGACCACAUUUCUCAUAAUCAUUAUACCAACAUAAAGACAUGGAUAUUUAGAAUAAACAAAAAGAUUGUGUCACUGACAGAACUGAUGGCAGGUGUGAAGGCUCCUCCAAAGACAGUACAAUUGUUCCAACUGACCUGUUGGCCCAUGGGUCACAAAGUGCCCACGUCUACCAACUCUCUUGUUGAGUUAAUGAAUAUGGUGGAACGCUGGAGGCAAAGGACUGACUAUGGCCCUGUUGUUGUUGUCUCUCCAGUGUUAUGUUUCUUGAGCAGAUAA